AUGAGUAACGAAAAGCGAACAAUUAUCGUUACUGCUUUUCGUGUGUGUUCCACUUUCGUACAGGUUUUAUACCGCCACGAAGAACCACACGGCCAGGGCGAUGUAUAUUUCCUGUGGCAGACGGGAGCUUCCGCACAGCUGUUGGCUAGCACCGGAAGUGAUGGCACGGUGGCCAUUUUCAACCGCCAAGGGCAACUACAAGAACGCAUUGUACUGCAGGGACUCUGCGCCGGGUUCGCUUGGGAUCGUGACGGAGACGUGCUGGCGAUGAUAACGGCCAGCUCCCAUCAGCUCAUCAUCUGGGACUCAAACUCGCAAAAGAAACAAACCGUCGAUAUAGGACUCCGCGAUCUGCCGAGUUGCAUAAUUUGGUCGAAGAAAAUAGCGAUCCUUGCCGUGGGGACGUCCCGUGGCAAUCUCUCCAUCUACAAUCACAUCACCACCAAACGGAUACCAAUUCUUGGCAAGCACACGAAACGCAUCACCUGUGGUGCGUGGUCGACAGAAAACAUUCUCGCCCUCGGCAGCGAGGAUAAGUAUCUGACACUGAGCAACGAGGAAGGCGACACACUGCGGUCGAUUCAGUUGCGCGAUUGUCCGAGCGAUAUGUACUUUGCUGAGAUGAAGACCGAUGAACGUGUCCCGGGAGAAAACACUAUCAGCAUGAUCCUGGGGAAACGAACUCUUUUCCUUUAUCAUUUGCCAGAACCGGACUCGCCUACGGAGCUUGGUUUUCAGCAGCGGUACGGAUCGUUACUGCAGCACAAAUGGUUUGCCGAUGGGUAUAUUCUGCUCGGGUUUAGCUUGGGCCAUGUCGUUGCCAUUUCGACCCACCCGCGCGAAGUUGGGCAGGAACUUUGGCAGGUGAAAAAUCAUCGCGAUUCGCUCAACAGUAUAGCCGUUUGCAAGGAGCUGGAGCUGAUCGCUUCCUGUGGAGAUAACAAUGUAAAAGUGCAUUCCAUGACUAAUCUUCAAGAGACCGUCAAGAUUCUCAGCUUACCCGACCAAGCCGCACUGAAGCACGUUGAGUGGAGUACGGACGGCCAGUUACUUGGCGUUACAACGUCCCAGGGUGCAAUAUGCGUGUUUGUAACGAAACUUCAUUCCCUGUAUGCUGUCGCUCCACCGAGGAUAGCCCUGCUGUCGAGCUUGGCAGAAAUUGCUAUCUAUCACUGUGCACACGAUCGCCAGAAGUCACCACCUGUACUGAUAACGCUUGAAAUUGAACCAUCAUUUUUGACGAUCGGUCCAUACCACAUGGCAUGCGGUAUGAAUAAUCACGUCUGGUUUUAUGAUCUCGGUCGAUCGUUGAGCGAUACGCCGCUGCUGCUGGGCGAUCGUGAGUACAUGUCGGAGAUCAAACAGGUCGCACUUAGCUCGGAAUACUGUGCUGUACUUUGUGGAGGACAAAUCAUGCUGCACACGAUCGAAUCAUCCAACGAAGCGACACAAAACCGUGAACCAAAAAUAUUUCCGGACGAGAUACGAGGUAUUGCCGAAUCGGUAAUAACGUGCCUUGGGUUGACGAAUGAUUUUCUGUGCUUUGCAACAGAUCUCGGUAACAUAAUUUAUUUUUCCCUCGAAAACUGGUCUACGGUGUUACAGUUUCGCCAUCAAGCUGGCAUAAGAGCAAUAUAUCCGGACGUUGACGGCACACGACUAGUAUUUAUUGAUGAUCACAGCCAAGGCUAUCUAUUCAUCGCAGCAUGUGACGAAACCUUGCGAAUACCGGAUUUCCCCAAACAUUGUACAAGCGUGCUGUGGGACUUUUCACAGACACACAUUUUCGUAGCAAAUGACCGCAACACGUGCACCACUUAUGCGUUUGUGCGCAUAUCUGUGAAGGGUAAACUGGUAGAAAAAGUCGGUACGACAAGCUUGAUCAGUGAACAGACACCCCUAAUGCUUUACGAUGGAGAUCUCUGUCUACAUUCUGCCGGUGGAAAGCUAACGUCGAUCGUGCUGGACACACACGCCAACAAACCUGGCCGUGAUGCGAAGGAACAGCUACGGACGACGAAACUGAUGCGAAAGUAUGGCGAUGCAUGGGAACUUUGUAAGCUGAUGAAUGAUGAGGACGAAUGGAGAGCGCUUGGAAUGGCUGCGAUUGCCGAUUUAAAUGUUGCUUUCGCAACAAAAGUAUUCCGCAAUAUCGGUGACGUUGCAAUGGUUUAUGCGCUUGAGGAAUUGAGCCAAAUCGAAGAUCUUAACACACUGGCCGGAUUUUGCGCCAUGUUGGGGGACGAAAUCGAAGAGGCUAAAGCGCUGUUUGCGAAAAGCGGCAACCCAUCCGAAGCGCUCGAACUGUGCCGCGAUUUACUGCAAUGGGAACAGGCGAUGGCGCUAGCCAGUACGCUAGCACCAGAGCAACUGCCUUUUCUAGCGCGCGAAUAUGGAGCACAGUUGGAGUUUACAGGAAACCAUGCCGAAGCACUGAUGAACUUUGAACGAGGUCUUAAGCAUACGGAAUCAGAAACCAGACAGCAGCAACAGGAGCAACACGUUAAACUGUGCAAGGCUGGCAUUGCCCGUACUAGCAUAAAGUGUGGUGAUGUACGGCGUGGACUUCAGCUAGCACUGGAACUGAACGACCAACAGCUGUACAAUGAAUGUGGUGAAGCAAUGCUCACCGCAGGACAUUUGGCUGAAGCCGCCGCAAUGCUAGAGAAGGGCGAAAGCUGGGACAAGGCGGCAGAAAUCUUUAUAAAUUUAAAGCAGUGGAAAAAGGUGGACAACAUCUUGCCAAAUGUCGUAAGCCUUAAGUUGCAUGUCGCUUACGGUAGGGCGAAAGAGGCCGAAGGACAGUACGCCGAUGCUAUCAAUAGUUAUCAGCUUGCCGGAGAUUUGGACAGUGUUGUACGGAUAUAUCUGCAGCACCUAGACGAUCCACAUUCGGCCUCGGAGAUUCUGCUAGAAACGCGUUCUGUCGAGGGAUCGAAGCUGCUGUCGAAAUACUUUGAACAGCAUGGUGAUUAUGAAUCGGCGAUACAAUUUCUCAUAUUGUGCGGAUGUGUAACGGAAGCGUUCGCUAUUGCUCAGAAGCAGAACAAAAUCGUGUACUAUGGCGAAGUACUAGAACAGAGUGGUUCUGCGAAGCCGGGUGAUUUUCUUCAAUUGGGUGGAUAUUUCGACGGUGAAAAGUAUACGCUAUUAGCGGGCAAGUACUAUUUUUUGGGCAAAGAAUAUUCGAAAGCGCUUAAACUGCUGCUGAAAGCGGCCUCCGUUGGGAAUGAGGAAAAUACUGCACUGUCUCUAGCAAUCGAUUGUGUAGCCUCGGCUGGAGAUGAAAAGCUGUCUAACGUGCUGAUAGAGUACUUGUUGGGCGAGUCGGACGGUGUACCGAAGGACCCGAAGCUAUUGUUCCGGUUGUAUAUGGCCAAACGACAAUUUAAAGAGGCAGCUAAGGCGGCUAUGAUCAUUGCCAAUCAGGAACAAAUUGCAGGCAACUAUCGAAGCGCGCACGAUUUGCUCUUUUCCAUGUACCAAGAAUUAAAGCGUAAUAACCUGGCGAUUGCAACCGAUAUGAAGAUAACGCUCGCCCUGCUCCAUCGUUACACGCUGGUUCGGGUGCAUGUAAAGCGGGGAAACCAUUUACUGGCAGCGAAACUUUUGCUUCAAGUAGCGAAAAAUAUAUCACAAUUUCCAUCACAUGUUGUCCCGAUACUAACCUCUACCGUAAUCGAAUGCCACCGGACGGGUCUUCGAAAGUCUGCCUUCGAGUACGCGGUAAUGUUAAUGCGAUCGGAGCAUCGGAGCCAGAUCGAUGCUAAGUACAUAAAGAAAAUUGAAUCUAUUGUAAGGAAAGCGCCACGUGGACCGAUGGAAGAUGAAGGUGAACAGGAGUCAUCGAGUCCGUGCCCGGUUUGUGAAACACCUCUGCCCAACAUGCAUAUAGUUUGCGGGCAGUGUAAAACGACGUUACCAAUAUGUGUGGCUACGGGUCAGCACAUAGUGCGCGAUGAUGUAGCGGCGUGUCCUGAGUGUGAUUUUCCAGCGAUGAAAGUGGAAUUUAUCAAAAUUUUGGAAACAACCAACAAUCAAUGUGCAAUGUGUGGAGAAGAAAUCGACGCCGGACGACUGAUCGAUAUCGAUGACAUACAUCCGUAUAUCAACGCCGGUACUUAAUAGUUUG